AUUCAAUCUGUUCCUUUCCCCUUCCCUUUCAAAAUGUGGCAAGCAACCAAGAUCCUCGACAAUGUCACAAAUGUGAUUAUGAACUACUCGGAAGUCGAGACCAAGGUCCGAGAGGCGACGAGCGCCGAGCCCUGGGGUCCCUCCAGCACGCUGAUGCUCGAGAUUGCCCGUCACACAUUCGUGUACGACGACUUUGCCGAUGUGAUGGCCAUGCUCUGGAAGCGCAUGUUCAAGGAGAAGCUCUGGCGCCACACGUACAAGAGCUUGCUAUUGCUCGACUAUCUGCUGCACAACGGCUCAGAGAAGGUCAUUGAAGAUGCUCGCGAUCACGUUUUUGACAUUCGCCGCCUCGAAUCGUUCCAGGCCACCGACGAAAAGGGCAAGGAUCAGGGUCUCAACGUCCGCCACAAGGCAAAGGACCUGAUUGGCCUCAUCCAGGACGACGAGCGCCUGCGCGAAGAGCGCCGCAAGGCCAAGGUGAACCGCGACAAGUACACUGGCACGGGCCACGUUACCUCUGGCGACCGGUAUGGCGGAUUCUCGUCGUCUGAGCGCUACGACGACUACGACGCACCUCGCGCCAAUCUCGGCAGCGACAGCAGCGGCCGCAAAGCCGUACCACGACGAGGACGCCAAGCGCUACCCCCGGCAGCGGCAGCUCGCGGUACAACGACCGCGACAGCGAUUCUUCCGCCUUUCGGCAGCAGCAGCCACUCGGCCAUCCCGCACCGCUCGCAUGACGACGACGACUUUGGCAACUUUGCCAGCGGCGUGCACGGCAGCUCGGCCUCUGCGACAGCUGCCCAGCAGCCCGUUCACGACCACCGUCGCCGUCUGAGCGGCGAUGCCUCGGCUGCCGCUCACCUCCACGGGGGCGCGUCCCACCACCAACAGCACUCUAGCAAGGCACACCACCAGGAGCAAAACCUAUUUGACGUUGCUGCACCGGCGCCUGCCCAGCAACAGGGACUGGCGGACGUGUUUGGCGGCCCUGCCCCACGCGCGGCUCAGACGGCGACCGCAUCAGGCUACCAGCAGCCUUCGUUUGCCGAUUUCAACCCGCGAGGUGCAUCUGCCGCACCCCCUGCGGCCUCGAACAAUGCGUUUGACGACUUUGCGGGCUUCCAGGCCCCGGCCAGCAGCGCCAACCGCAACUUUGCUUCCUUCCCUCCAGCGGCUGCACCACCAGCGUCCUCCCAGCAGCAGCAAAACGCGGCCUUCCUGAUGAUGCAAGGCGAUCUUCUUCAGCCCUCGGUUGUCAGCACCUCGUCUGCCAACGGGCACGCCGCGCCCUCGCAGAGCGCUGGUACCGCCCAGUCUGCCUUUGGCGGGCUAGUCAACCUCGAUGCUUCCAGCCUCGGCGCACGCCAAGACACGCAAAAGGGUCCCUACCAGCCCAUGCGAGGCGGACCCCAGCAGACCGGUCCAGGCUACUCUGCACGGCCGCUGGCGCCCGCCGCUGGCACGACCAUUCCCCAGAACGCCAACUUUGGUGGCAUGUCGGGCUUUGGCGCGCCGCAGCCCCAGAUGGGCUUCCAGCAGCCGCAGAUGGGCUUCCAGCAGCCGCAGAUGGGCUUCCAGCAGCCGCAGAUGGGCUUCCAGCAGCCGCAGAUGGGCUUCCAGCAACCCCAAAUGGGCCAAAUGGGCCAAAUGGGCUUCCAACAACAACCACAAAUGGGCUUCCAGCAGCAGCAGCCCCAGAUGGGCUUCCAGCAGAUGGGCUUCCCACAACAGCAGAUGGGCUUCCAGCCGCAACAACAAUCGGCCGGCUUUGGCCAGCCCAUGCGACCAAUGGGUAUGCAGCAGCAACAGGGUGCUCGCCCCUUCUUUUAA